GUGAGAACCCAUUCGUUGCAAAUGGCAGACGUAUAAUAACUGUCUACUUAUUUUUUUGGUGUAGCCUUGGCAGUAGAUUGCGAAUUAUUCGUGAACACGCUCUAUAACGUUCUGCGAGAUCGGACGUUUUCAUACAUACAUCAAUUGCUCGAGAAAUUGCACAGCAAUGGCGAGACUCGUGGACGUUUGGCGGGACGAUGACCCGGUCGAUUUGACGCGAAGACAAAUGCCGUUGAUCGUAGAUGAGAAUCUUACAAUGAUUAUGGAUAUAAAUGGCUUGGAAGCAAUCUGUGAUAGUCCAUUAGUUUGCGGUAAAGAGCUUGAUGAAUUCACCAGGAAACUUAAUAUGCUUACAAAAGAAGAAAUUAAAGCUUCCUUUGAAGUAACGUGCAAGGACAUGCUUGCAAUCUUAGGCCAAGUUGUACCAUGUGUUGGUUGUAGGAGAAGUGUUGAAAGAUUAUUCUAUGACCUCAUGAAGUCAGGACAUCCAGCAUUAGAUCCUUUGGUGAUUACACCUGAAGGUUUAUUAACAAUAAAGGAUGACAUUUUGGAAUCACCACAAUUACUUUGUACAAUGUUACAAGAGCAUAGCACUAGGUUAAACAGUUUAGUUGAAGGUCAGCCCAGGAAUAAAAAAUCGCGAAGAUGUGCAUUACAUUCGUUAGAAAUUCAACGCAUGAGACCUCCACCAAAUGCAUGGCAAGAAGUUUGGGACUGUAUGGAUCAUUCAUGUCAUUUGGAACUGGCAUUAAUAGAAAGUGAUACUCUUGAAGCUACAUUGGAUACGUAUUUACGUAAACAUCGGUUUUGUGGUGAAUGUCGGACAAAGGUUUUGCUGGCAUUUUCUCUGUUAACAACAGAACCAGAACCAGAAAAAGAGAAGGGCUACGUGGCGUCAUUGUAUGCUGGAAUCAGACGUUGUAUACAUGACCGACAUGUGCAUAUCCCUACAAAUCCGCGUUAUAUGGGUGACCUUAUUGGACGUACGCAACCGGAACUCAUGGGAAGGGAACGACAUGCAAAAACUUUGGAAAUUGCUCAAGAAGAGGUACUUACAUGUCUGGGAAUGUGUGUCGCUGAACGUUUACAUAAAGUUCAUAGACGAUUAAGAGAAGAGGCAACUGUGUGCAAAGUGUUAGCUGCUGUUGCGGUGGAUGCAUUGUCUAGGAAUUUUCAAAUGGCUGUAGAAGUUAAGCAAGGUUUUUCCCAGUUAGAACUUCUGUAUGAGGAAUUAACGAGAGAAGAAAUAGCGAAACAACAGAGACGAGAAAAGUUGCGCUUGAAACGUAAAAAGAAGAAAGAACGUCGAUAUGAGACAGAAGAGAAGGAAAAUGCAUGUGAUUGUUUAAACAAAAGGCAAAGUGGUAAUAGUGACACACCUUGUAUUUGUGCGGACUCAAAGCCAACAACUCAAAAUAUAGAUCAGCAUAAGUUACAAGUAUUAGAUCCAAAAAACAAGGGACCACCUACGUGUAAGUGUUCAGACUGUGUAAAAAAAUCAAAGUCCAGUAUAACACGGUCACAAAGUCAAACACAAUUAGCAUUCCCGAAGAAGGCGUCGAACGUGCAAAAAAGUUCGGCCAAGAAAGGUUCUACUGAAUCUAAGACGAAAAUCGCAAUAAACAAAACUAGAAAGAAUAAUGCACCUGUUAAGGAUCUUUCCGAAGAAGAACUAUUUGAUGCAUGCGAAUCGUAUAAGGAUCUUUCUGAGAAGAUUGAAAAUGGCCAUUGGCACAAUCUAGAAGACUGCAAGGAUCCGAUAACUAAAGAAAUCGUAGACGCUUGGAUAGGGAAGCCAAGCAAAAGAUGUAACAUGUGGAUAGAAAUGAAGAAACGUUUCGAACUAUCAAUCUCGGAAAGGAAAAGUCGUUCCUCGAGCGAACAAUCGUCGCAAGAUUGUGGUUAUUCUUCGGAACAUAAUAUAAGCAGUUCUUCUCUUCCCAGCACUCCUGAAGGAUCAGAAGUAGCUUGCAACGAUGGUUGUUGCAACCAUGAGAGAGAUUGUCAUGAUUUACGACCAUCUAAUAAACUUGUUCAUUCCAGUUCUAGUAUCUCCUUAUUAAAGGAAAGGGGUGGGGGUUUAACUCUUACACAAAUGUUAGAAGAUUCCUAUUUAUCAGGCGAUGAAGAAAAAGAAAGUUAUAUUCCAGCAGAAGAAGUGUUGGAGUUUAAAUCUCGAAUGUGCCAAGUUCUUAAAAAACGACAAGAACUUCGUCAAACACUUAGAAAACGUUUUGCUAUUUUAUGCAGCCAUCACAAGCCCUUUAUCAUUCCUAAUUAAAAAUUCCUACUAGGUAUUGUUACUUAAUAGGAUAUAAUCUUUCUUUUUUUACAUUGAUUUGCUGCCAGUAGAGGAAACAGGAGUGCAAUAUAUGUGUUUCGGAUAAUUGUUAUCAUUGGGUGUCAACCUUCCUAUGUGCAUAAAAUAUCGUUGAAGAUGUAUCGUAAGGACAUCAUAUGGUAUGGUUUAUCUGUAAGCAAAGAAUUGCAUGUAAUAAACUAGAGGUACCGAGAAACAGUUAUAUGUUGAAUUUUGUUGUUUUCUACGCAGCUGAAUUCAUGAAGAUAAAAGACAUUUGUAGAUCAAACUGUAAUUGUAAAUUAAUGAAAUUAAAAUAUGUAAACAUAUGUUAACUUUGACAACUGGAUUCAAAUUAUCGUGGUAAUUUUAGGACACAACUACCAAAUUGAGGCACAAAAAAAGUAUACGUCUGAAGUGUUCUGAGUUAAACGAGACUGAUUUCUGUGUGCUCGUAUAAUUAUGAGCGUAGUAUAUAUAAAUUAUAAAACUUUGACAAAUCACGAUUCACUGCACGUUGCAAGCGACUGUAUAAAAAGUUAACUUCAUUAAUUGCUACAUAGCUCUAUGAGGAUCUUAUUUUUUCAAAGAUAGAAGGUAUGAUUUUUUUUCUGUAAAAUGAAUGUAAAUGUUGUAAUAAUGACAUAGUAGGAAUAUAUUAAAACUUAAUACAAAAUAAA